UAGGGGGAGAGAGAGAGCGUAAAACCCUAACUCCCUCGCUAAAACAAAACCAGCUUUCUAUCUGUGUGAAACCUUCCUUCGUUUUACACUGAAGCAGUACAGAAGACUACAUCCAGAAGCAUUUUUCUGAGAAUUAAGAGGGGGCUCUUAAGCCCCUCUCUCUCUGUGACUUCGGUCUCUGCAAUCGAGCUUUCUGGGUUUAUGGAUCGAUGAUUACAAGUUCUUCAAAGUUGUAAGAAUUGUUUCUGUAACUGUUUCGCUGACUUUUUUUGGCAAUCCAUGAAUUUUGGGUUCUUCUCUGGCACAAAGUUAAUCAGACACUUGGUUACUUGGUGUUGUCUUGGUAAAAAGAUUAAGGGUAAUGGUGUCUGAGAGGCAAUCAGGAAAGUUGGGUGGUUCCCCACUUCAGUCUUUGUGUUUCCCCACUAUGGCCGUCACUGAGAAUGGCGUAAAAAAGAAGUUGAAGAUUAAAUUUUGUGCCUCCAAAAAGGUUGAAGCUGAACAAGGGAUAGAAUCAUGUAAAUUUAGCCAACAGAUGUUCAAAAAUGAUGAAUGCGGACGCAACAUGUCGUCGAAUGGAAACAAGAAGUCUGAGAUGAAUAAAGCACAAAAGAUUGUGAUUCGUUCUUCUGGAGACUUGUAUUCUGCUGAUAGCUUGAAGGUGAAACUACCCAUUCCAGGCUCCAAUAAGCGUGGACCAUCAGGAAUGGUAGACGGCCAAAUGGAGAAAAGGCAGAAAAUUGAUCGUACUUUGAAGCAACAGUGUAGUAGCAUUCUGAAAAUGUUGAUGACUCAUCGAUCGGGGUGGGUUUUCAACAAACCAGUGGAUCCUUUGGCAUUAAAUAUACCAGAUUAUUUCUCUAUAAUUGCUGAACCCAUGGAUUUGGGAACGAUUAAAACAAAAUUGGAGGGUAAUGUGUACUUUAGUGUUGAUGAAUUUGAGGCUGAUGUUAGACUGACCUUUUCCAAUGCUAUGCUGUAUAAUCCUCCUUCAAACAAUGUUCAUCACAUGGCAAAGGAAUUGGAUAAUAUUUUUGGUAGAAGAUGGAAAUUGUUAGAGGAAAAAUGGAAUUGCGACAGCAAAAAGGUUGAGCAGAGCAUUUCAAGUGGAAGAGCAAAGAAUAACACGGAUACAAUGCAGGCUUGCCAUAAAAAGUCACCAAUUCGGGCUAGUUUUCCCCUCAAGAAGUCAAUGUCACCUAAGGAUAAACAAACACAGAGAAAAGAGCGGAUGGAAGCACCGACGGGUUCAUUGGAUGUCAGAUCUUUGAAGGUGGAGUCUAAGAAAGCGACACAAAAUGGUGGGCGUCUGUUGAUUGGGAAGUUUGUCCGUAAAGGCACAGAUAGUGGUAGUGCAAGUGCUGGCAACUUUGCCACUACAGAACCACCAUUUAGCUCAGCUGCCUCCAAAUCUGGUUCGGGUGACAGUGUGAUAUGCCAGUGCAGCCCUCAAAAUGAGUAUUCCCAUGCAUCCUUCAGUGAUGUAUCGUCAGACAGAUCACUGGUUCAACAUCAUGGUGGUGUUUUGAAAUUGGAUUCUGAGGUGAAAACCAUGCCACCAUCCCACACAAGCAAAUCAGAUCCGGAUUCUGGUGGGGCUGUAAGUGCUCUGGAUGAGGAAAUUAUUCAUUCUAGUCCUCGUCCCUCAACUUCUGCCACAAGCGCCACUUCUGGAGAAGGUUGGGCUCCACUUAUUGAUGUUCAACUGUCCCCAAAGAAGGCUCUGCGUGCUGCAAUGUUAAAGAGCCGCUUUGCAGACACUAUUUUGAAAGCAAAACAGAAGACAUUGCUAGAUCAUGGUGAUAAAGCUGAUCCUGCAACGCUGCAGCAAGAAAAAGAGAGACUGGAAAAGCAACAGCGUGAAGAGAAGGCCAUGAUUGAAGCCCAAAUUAAAGCUGCUGAAGCUGCCUCACGAUUGAAGGCAGAGGCAGAAUUGAAAAUGCAGCGGGAGAGAGAAAGAGAAGCUGCCCGAAUUGCCUUGCAGAAGAUGGAAAAAACUGUUGAAAUCGAUGAGAACUUACAGAUAUUAAAAGAUCUCGAGCUGUUAAGGCAGUGCUCGCUGUCUGAUCAUUCCCUUAAUGGUGAAGACGGGUCUGGAGUGGUAUUGGAAGCAGUUGAGUGGGGUCACUCUGGGAAUCCUUUGGAACAGCUCGGUUUGUAUAUAAAGGAAGAAUAUAUGGUAGAUGACGAUGAGGAGGCAAUUUUGAAUGGAGAUGGGGAAGAGGGGGAGAUUUUCUCAUAGCACCGAAAUCCUGUAUCAUAUUCUAAUUUCUUCCUUUCUUUGUUACCGAUGAUCGUUUUACUUGUGCAAUAGUGUGUGGGAAGAGGGAUGUGGGUUGUAAAUUGAUUGUUAUUUCUGGGAGAGAGGUGGUUGGAUUUGUGGUGGGAAUUUUGAAUCUAUAUAGUUGUUAACUGUAAUAUACGUUUUGAGACAGCCAGUUUAGAUUUGGAUCUCCCUCUCUCUCUUCCUGCCCCUUCCCCUUCCCCUC